AGUAUUUGAACUGCAGUGAUUGAACUACUUUAUCAGUUCCUACGCAUAUGUAUUAGUCCCUACUUCAACCCAUCCGCAUACCUCUCCCCAUGCGUUUCCAGACCCUCUACUCGUCUCUUCGUCUUUUCGCCAUUCCCCUCCGAUCCCGCGUCAUACCCCGAGCCGCCACAGCUCCACCCCCUCGCCCUCGAGCAACCAUUCUGAAAGCCGCGCCAACGAUCCCCUUCCUAAGCUCCUUCUUCAGCUCCAGUCCCCGCGACAACAUGUCCUAUCCCGACCAGCGCAGCGACGACGCCUGGCGCGCCGUGCUCAGUCCGGAGCAAUUCCGCAUCCUGCGUGAAAAGGGCACCGAGCGUGCCGGCACCGGCGAAUACGACACGCACUAUCCGACCGAGGGAGUCUACGGCUGCGCGGGCUGCAAUGCGCCGCUAUACAAGGCCUCGCACAAGUUCAAGUCCGGAUGCGGAUGGCCGGCGUAUUUCGACUCGCUGCCCGGCGCGGUGACCCGGCACACGGAUAGUUCAUUUGGGAUGGAGCGGACGGAGAUCGUGUGCAGCAACUGCGGAGGACAUCUGGGUCAUGUAUUCAAAGGCGAGGGGUUCCCGACGCCGACGGAUGAGAGACACUGCGUGAAUAGCGUCAGUCUGCGAUUCCAGGAGGACGGGGGAGAGCCGAAGGCGAAGGCGUGAGGGGGGUAUAUUAGAUGAAAAGCGUGUAACACAAUGGAAAGGUGUACAGAGUGCAGAUGAGUACCUCAUGGAGU